UUGACACUUUAGACAGUCCCAGAUUAUUAUUUUCUAAUUUGCAUUGUUUUUAUGUCGGCUUGAUAUAAAAUAUUAGCAUUCAUUUCUAGUAACGGUAGAAAACAAAAUAAAUGCGAUAAUUGAUUGUGCUAUAAGUAUAGUUUAAACAUAAACAUAAAUCACGCAGUGAGUAAUCAGGCUUUUGUGCAAGUUUAUCUUAAUAAGUUACCAAAUGAAUCAAAAUAUGUUAUGAGUAAAUAAUAUUGGUAUUAGAGAAUUCGGAACUGUGUCUGGAAAAUAUUUAUCGUAUGCCGAAUUGUUCCGGAUUAAUCCGUAUUCAGUAUGGAUUCUCAUUCAGAUAAUAGAACUAGAAGUUGGCUUUUUCGUCUAAAGUAUUUGAAAGUAUUUAAAAAUUCCAAUAAUAGUAAUAGCACAUCUGAUAAAAAUCAAAUAUGUGCUGCAAGAAACACUGCGAACGGAGCAUUCACACAAAGCACGACUCGAAAUAAUUUAAAUGAUUCGACGGAUUUAAGGCGAAGCGAAACGCAUUUGAGAAAGAGUAUCAAGAAGUGGCAUAAUCGAAUGAAAAACUGUUUUUGGAAAAAUAACAGGCAUUUAACUUCAAGACCUCCAAUAUAUAUUGCACAUCAACCAGAUUCUCCUAGUUUCUCACGAAGAAGUAAUUCGGACACAUUCCAAACUGAGAAUAUAUACACCUUAGAUCCUUCGGUGCAAAGAAAAAUCACAGUUGCAGUAUCUGAGCAGCAGAGUCAUUCCAAUAAGUCGUCAAAUAUUUCUCUCGAUUCAAGUUCCUCGAGGUUGUCAACAACCGCUGAUAUUCAGCCAAGAUCUUCUCAUCUCACAAACGCGAACCCCUCCGGAUGUAACUACACCCCUAAAAAUGAAGUUUCAAGUUUGGCACACCAAGUUUGGUAUUGGGGCCCCGUUUCCAAAUCACUGGUGGAAGCCAAACUUGAGGGAGCCCCAGACGGAUCAUUUCUGGUUCGGGACUCUGCUUCUGAUAGGCACAUCUUUUCUAUAAGUUUCCGAAGUGUAGGGAAAACGUUACACUCCCGGAUAGAACAUACCAAUAGUGGCUUUAGAGUGUUUGAUCAUAAAUGUUUCGAUACGGUCAGAGAGCUCAUAGAGCAGGCUGUUAAAAUAUCCUCAGAAGAACAGGUUUUUUGUUACACAAAAAGCCAAGGUAUGGAACCAAACUAUCCUGUUAGACUAUUGAAACCUAUUUCACGCUACGAUGAAGUCAGAUCUUUACAGAGUCUCUCAAGGUUUGUUAUCAGGCAACAUAUAAAUGUAAAUGAUAUUGAAAAUUUGUGUUUACCGGUAACUUUAAUACAAUAUUUAAGGGAAGAAAAUUAUUUUUAAGCUUCCCAGCUUUUAUCAGUAACACUGCUGAGAGAAAAAAUGUUAAAUUGUCCUCUUACCGAUCCACAGCGGUAAAAUGAAUUAUUUCAUUCACUACGCUUUAGGAACUUUUAUAAAUCUUCUCUUCGUUUAACGAUUGUGGGCAAGCUAAUGUUGUCAACCAGCGCCUCUCUAGAAGAUCAAAUGCCACCUGGAAAGCUAUAAAUUGCGUUUUGUGUGCACAUUUAAAAUGUAUUUUUUAAGCUUGAAAAGUUUAAUUCGAUUUCGAAAAUGCCAAAUAAUGAAUGUGUUAGUUUUUUGUUUUUAGCAAAUUGUGAUAAAAAAAAUUUACAAUUAAAAGCUUCCCAUAGUUUAUGCGGCAAUAGUGUUAUUGUGAUAAACCGAUUUAUUAUUUUCUCUUACUUUUCAAUUCAUUUCCCACUUCGUCAAGGGAAUAACUUGAUUUGGAAACUGCAAAGAACAAUUCAUUAAUGUAAUGAAUUCACUUAUAUGUUAAUGUUUCAGUUGUUUUCAUAUACUUGUUUUACAGUUGCAAAUUAUAUAAAUGUAUGUAAUAAAUGCUAGUGCCUUAUGUUA